AUGGAAUCGGAAACUGAAGACCAGUGUCGAGAAAGGGUUCCGGGAUCUGAUUUUGUGGGGAUAGCUGGAAAGAAAAAGCUGGAAAUGAGUAAACUUGUAGACGACAUUCACGAUGAGAUCUUAGGAGCGGAGCAGAAGUUGGAACUGAAGAGAAGGUCUCUAGAGGAAAAGGAAAAGAAAAUUGAGGAAAGAGAGAAAGAGCUUGACGUGAAGGAGAGGGAGUUGGAAGAAGGAUUGAAACAAGCUGAUACUUGUAAAGAGGAGCAGAAAGCAAAAGCUGAGGAGUUGGAACUGAAGAGAAAGUCUCUAGAGGAAAAAGAAAAGAAGCUUAAAGAAAGGGAGGAAGAGCUUGCCGUGAAGCAGAGGGAGUUGGAAGAGCGAUUGAUACAAGGUGAUGAUACUUGUAAGAGAUCAAGGGUGAAUUUGUUGGAAGAAGAGACUAGUCAUGCGGAGUCUCUUGCCCGUCGUGCAAAAAAGCAGAAAUCACACAGCCAUGAUGACGCUGACGCAAACGAGGAAAGAGUAUGUUCUUUUGACGAAGAGAGAGUGAUGAGGAGGAAGCUGAACAGUUGA